ACAAGGACCAAUAAUUGCAACGGUGGACUUUUUAAUCUUCUGGUAGAAGCAAUUUGAACUCCCCCACUUCUGUUGCUUGGUGCACUGUUCGUCUCCUGCAGAGCAGUCGUUGAAAAUCAUCAUCAUCGUCGAGCUCUGAUUUUUUGUUGUCUCGAAUUUAAUUUCUGCUUCGACUGAACUGGAGAGAAGAAUCAAAUCAAUGGCUGACACACCUAAUUCUAGUGAUGAAGACCUCAAGAAACAUUUGAUGAAGGUUUAUGAGGAUGUGACCAGAGACUGUGAAGAUAAGGAAUUGAGAAAAAUAUUUGAUUGGAUUGUGGACUACGGUGCCCUUAAUGCAAAUGCGAUUCAUAUGUUCAGUUCUCUGGUAGAUUGCGGCUUCUGUGAUGAAGCGAGAGAGCUCUUUAAGCCUCAUUCUGAGCAGACCACACUGCCGGAAGUGGCUGUCUUCACCAUGGUAAUUAUGGCAAGACCAAGGAUGCUCACAAGGUCUAUCAGCAGAUGAUAGCAUCUGGUGUCACCCCCACCGCCUACACUUACACUUUAAUCAUCUGCGGAAUGGCAAAAGACUUUUCGGAUUCUAAUUUCGUCAGGUAUGCCAAGAAGUAUUUCCUUGAAAUGUUGGAUAGGGGGUUGAAGCCCCAAUAUCAACCCUACAUGUAUGUUAUAGAUGUCAUUGCCUACCGAGAGCCAGUGGAGGAGGCCAAGAAGUUCCUUGAGCAGAUAAAAGCUAAGGGGUUCAUUCCUGUCAUCGAUGAUUUUCAAUACAAACAAAAACCACCUCACAGAAGCAUUGCAGACAUUGAAAACAUGCUGAUCUCGUCGUCAACAACAACACUGACAAGGCUGUUCAAAAAUUGUUCCGCGAGUCAUGCCUCUCCCCUUGGAUAGAACGGUCGAUGGAGGUGCACAAGGCUUUGGUAGAGGAUGGAAAUGUGGACGAGGCCAUCGAGCUCUAUCAUACCAUUCAACAGGCAGGCGUAGAGCCAUUGGUCCAAAUCCACACCUCUGUUAUUAAAGCCUACCUCAAGUUUGGCAAGACCAAGGGUGCUUUGGAGGCGUAUCUGGCCAUGUCAGCUGCUGGGGUUGCCCCCAACUCCUACACAUACACUGUUUUAAUCAAGGGACUCUGUGCUGACCCCAACUUCUUUGGAGAUGCCAAGAAGUACUUGCUUGAGAUGAUGGACAAGGGGAAGCAGCCUAAUGUUGCUGCCUAUACUGCGGUGAUAGAAGGCUUUGUGCUUUGGGAGGACAAGAUAGCUGAGGAAAAGGGCAAAGAGUUUGUGGAGAUGAUGAUGGGUAAAGGUUUUGUGCCUAAUGCGAAGGCUAUGAUGAAGGUUUUAAAGGGCAAACCAACACCGGUAAUUGGAAAGGUCAUGAGCAUUGUACUUUCCAAGUUGAAGAGCUGAUGCUGCUUUAUUGUAGUUAUGCUAGCAGCUUCAGGAUUAGGUGGUUGGUUUCAUUAUGGGGCAGGUAAUAGCUUCAGCAUUAGGAAAUCAUGUAGGAUUGGGUUUCAAUAGGGGACUUGGUGCUUUUCUCAAUCAUUUUGAAUGGGACAUCAGAGUAGCAUAAUACUGAAAUUGAAUUAGAUAAUUAUGUAGGAUAGAGUUUCAAUAUUGGAUAUGUUCUCUCUGUUUGUUAAUGUUGAUAUUGAAGUAGUUUGUAGUCUGUGGUGAUUAUCCUUUAGUUUCUAUUUC